AUGAUUGGGUUGCAAAUGAGACCUAAUAAUUGUGCACAACCUUACACUGAUGCUCAGAAGCUUUUAGCGAUGCAAUGGUAUUAUUAUUCGGCCUCCUGCUAUGAUAGAAUGCGACAAACAGGAUUACAAUUGCCUCAUCCCAGAACCGUUGAAAAAUGGGUCGCUAAGUACGACGUUGCUCCAGGCUUCAUAGAAUUGUCAUUCCAAGAUCUCGAAAAGGAUCUAAAAACUUUGCCACCUGAAGCCAAGUUGUGCAAUGUAAAAUGGGAUGAAAUGUCGUGCAAAGAAUUCGAGGAGUAUAGUUCAAAACACGAUUUAAUAGUAGGCUUUGAAGAUCUUGGCCCAUUGGGAAUAACGCAAAAUCGUGCUAAUCAUGUUUUUGUGUUCACACUCAAUGGUAUACACACUUCCUACAGGUGGCGACAAGUAGUUGGAUUUUUCUUUGCACGGCAUUCUGUUAAUAGAAAAAACAUUGUGAUUCUACUUAAAAUGAUGCUCGACAAGGGUGAAGAAAUUGGCCUCGAUAUCAGGAUGACGGUUUGCGACCAAGGCACUCGUAAUAUUAAAUGCUACAAUCUCCUAAAAGUAACAGCACAAAAGCCUAGCUUUGAGCACAAUGGUGAACAGAUCAUUUUCAUUCAUGACUGUUACCACGAAGUAACAAAUCUCGUGAAUGCUCUCCUGAAAUAUGGAAAGAUAUUCAUGAAUGGAAAAGUCUUGUAUCUUUCUGAUAUGAAAGCUACCUGGGAUGCAGAUCAAAGAGGCAAGUUGUCGAAUAACUUGAACCACAUUACAGAGGUUCAUUUUUAUCCAAAUUCAUUUCAAAAAAUGAAUGUUGAGAGAUCACGUCAUCUCUUUGGUGGUAAAUUGGCCAAGGCAAUGAUUGAAGCACAUGAAAAAGGACUGGUGGUUUCCGAGACGCUUUUAGAAUCAGCAGAAUGCAUUUUAGUAAUUAAUCGUUUAACUGAUGCCGCCGACAGCAAUAAAACUCGAGAUAUAAAUCCGUUAAAGAGUGCCUUGCCUACUGAGAAUGUAGAAUCCAGAGCGGUUGUAGAAGAUUUUCUGUCGUGGGCUCCAUCUUUAAAAGUCCUGGGUAAAAAUGGUUGCAUGAAAACUUUGCCUUGCUUAAUGGUUUAG